GAGAGCUUGCAUUGUCUUAAUAACACAUCUCAAUUUUCUUUAGAUUUUAAAUAUUCCGCUUGGGUUCACAGUGACGAUGAAGGUACAUACGAACCGAGCAUCGGUGGAGCGUGGAUUCCCAGUAACACAUACUCCAGCGAGGAGAGAGCAAAACACAAUGGUUCCAGGACAGUGUUGAACCGGAUGAUAGGACAGAGUAGCUACAGAGAAGUGGCUGCUCCCACCACUACUGUAGAUGGCGCUGGAGACAACCCUGUUGGAGAACUGCAGGAGUUAGCGCAGAAACGUCUACUGAGUCCCCCGCAGUACGAGAUAACCAGUGUGAGGGGACCUCCCCACGAUAGAGAGUUUGUGUGCAAUGUGAAACUGGGGAGGAUUACAAAAAGAGGCACUGGGAAAUCUAAGAAGAAAGCCAAGUGCAAUGCUGCCAUGAAAAUGAUGCAGGCCGUGGACGUGACGUCUCUGUCGCAAGAAGAUCUAGAUUGUCCCUGGGAGGAAGAGGAUGGUGAUGCUCUGAUGGACUCCAGUAAGUCUGCCUAUGCUGACUUGAAGAAAGGGAAGAAAAUACCCACCCUGACUCCCUUUGUCAGCAGAAAGAUCAGUUCAUUCUACACUCAGCUCAAAAAUGCCUCAGGAAAGAAGCUGAACAGGCUGCACACCACCUCUCUGAACACACCAGCCAGUAACUUCUGUCAACUCCUCCAGGAGAUAGCAGAGGAACAGUGCUUUGAGGUCACCUAUGUUGACCUGCAGGAGCUCAGUUAUAAAGGCCAUCGUCAGUGUUUGGUGCAGCUGUCCACCAUGCCAGUUGCUGUAUGUCACGGCAGCGGACCCACCUCUGAUGAAUGCCAUGCCAACGCAGCCCACAAUGCAUUGCAGUAUCUGAAGAUCAUGACCAAGAAGGCGUAGUGUGGGGGCUUCGAUAAUCGUGUCACAAAAAUGGUAGACUUUGGUCUUUAUGUAAAAUCUGGAGUUUAUGUAAAGCAUGGCUUUUGAUUACUGGGAUGAUGUGUAUAUUUAGGUCAAGGCUAGGUCAUGUUCAA